AUGGCCGACAAUGUUCUUACUUCCAGUGCUGAUGUUGGUGCCCAAGCCAUCAAUGUUCGCGCAGAAUUAAAAACAUGGGAGAAAGCUUUCGCGUCGGCCAACGGGGGCCGCAAAGCCGGACGCGAUGAUAUCAAACAAAAUGCGGAUAUCGCGGCUAAAUACAAGGAAUACAGUCGUCUCAAGGCCCUCGAGGCAUCAUUAAGGCGACGCGAAAACAGUCGACAGGAGCCAUAUGAAUGUCACUCGAAAAAACGGAAAUAUGCAUCUCCCCCCGGUCAGGAUAGUGCGUAUCUUCAAAUCACACCCCGCAAGUCGUCCCGAGGACUGUUUGCGACGCCAUCCAACAAUCGCACCAAGCACCAUCCCGCACAACUCGAUCCGUAUGACUCGCCGUCAACUCUUCGCAGACUCUUUAGUCCAAGCACGCAUCGACAAGGACUGCCAGCACCGUCACCGUUUAAGGUUGCAAUUGGGCCUACGCCUCAGCGUGAUGGAAAGACAUUGGGCCUGUUCGACAUGCUAUCUGAAUCUGGUGGGAGUGGGGGAACCCCCUCUGUCACAAGACAAACGAAUAACCUAACAGCCGCGUUUCAAACACCUUCCAAACGCAGGCCUGUAACGAUGCCCGAGGUCCCGGAAGAAGAGGCCCAGCAGGAGACGCCCAGACUUGCGCGAACUCCUGCGUCUGAAACUAAGCAAUUCUAUCUUGCAAAUUUAUUCGCAACACCGACGACGAUGCGUUAUGCUGCCAUGGUGGAAGCAGAGGAUGAUACAGAUGCGCAGAAGACGAGUGUGCUAAACACAGCGCCUGAAAUUUCACCCCAAGAAGUGCAGUCUGGGACACCGUCUUUCCUCCGUCGGUCCAACUCUGGUCGAUAUCCUCCACCUAGCACAAAGCAUGAUGGGCCAGGACUCAGUCCCAUUGUUUCGCGCAAGCCGCAAAGAUUUGCAAGCAAGGGACUAACGCACUUAGUCCAAGGACUGCGGGACAUGGAGGAGGAUCGUAUGGAGGACGAUUGGGAUGUGAUGCGCGAGAUGGAGGAAGAGGCAGAGGCGGAAGAGGCUGCCAAAAACCAGGUGGAGGAAAGUCAAGAGCCAGAUAUCAACCGGAAAUACAAGAAGAAGGGCCAGAAGCGGACGACACGAAGAGUGAUCAUGAGACCGGUUUUCCAUCAACCGAAGCCCAAAUCAAACCCAGCUCCUACAGCAAAUGAGGACUGGGAAGAGGAAGAUGAUGUUGUAGCAGUUGCGGAAACGCAACAGCCACCUGCUGCUCAUGACGGCUGGGACGAUGUGCCGAGUGAUAUCGAGCAAGCGGACGAGACCGCUUCCCUUCAUACUAUAUCUGAGCCUGAGCUCGAUAGCGGGGCCGAGUUUGAUCCCGACUCAGACGAUGAUCCUGAAUUUGGAGAACAGCCGAAACCUGUUGCCAAACCGAAGUCUUUUUCGGAGAGAAUCAAGGAAGCUGUUUCAUCUGCUGCAAAGCCAGAGGAACAAGAACCCCUGGGUAAACCCCCGAAGAAGUCUUCUGAGACUACGGAAGCAAAGAAACCUCGUGCCCGGAAGAUCAAACCCGAAGCUCAUGCGAACUAUCGAUCAGUAAAUAUCAACAGAGGUUCCUCGCGGGGCAGAGGGCGUUUCCGCAGGAAGUAA